AUGGUGUUCUAUGAAUGCGUAAUAACGGCAAAGGAUAAAGUUUUGUUUGACAGUUUGAGCAACAUUGCCAAACGAUUCUCCUUGGAGAUUGUCAAAGAAGGAGGCGUUGUCCGGUCUAUUCGAAAUCAUGGGAUUCGUGAUUUGCCCGAACGUUUCAAGGCCAGGAAUACCGAUGCCUUUGGUCAAAGAUAUUGGCGUCAGGGACGAUUCUUUUCCGUCUAUUAUGACAGCAAUCCUUUUGCCAUGCAACAAGCAGAAAAUAUUCUUAGAAUGGAACCCGAUGUACUCCGAUUCACCAAUCUCAAGGCACGAUCUCCACUCGACUAUAUGAACACUACGAGACAGGAUCGUAACCCCUACAUUCAGCAACUCCUCAAGAAGGAGAAGGCAGAGAGAAAACGAGCCAUGGAAGAAGCCCGAGCCAACAAAGCAGCAGAGAAAAAGUGA